AUGUCGGACGCGAGCAAGCCCACCGCGGCCGAACCACAAAUGGACAGCCUGUCGCUCUCCUCUGAGACGCCCGCAAAGACUGUCAACGGUACAGACCCCAGCGCCGCCGUAUUUGCUCCACGCCCGAAGAUCAACUGGGCCGACGAGGAAGAGACCGCCCCAAACACCGCACCUGACGGCACCACAGGCGCAAAAGCUGCAGACAACGGCUUGGAAAAGGCGCAGACUGAUGGCGCCUCGACAUGGAUGCAGGGCUCCGUGGGUUUGGAUGAGCCCGAGUUUGACGUCAAUGUGAAGCUUGCCGAUCUGCAAGCUAAUCCAGACAACCCGCUGUUCUCGGCGAAGACAUUCGAAGAGCUCAACCUCAAACCGGAGCUUUUGCAGGGUCUCCUCGUCCAGAUGAAUUACACUAAACCGUCCAAAAUCCAAGAGCGUGCCCUCCCACUGCUGCUGAUGAACCCGGCCCAGAAUCUCAUCGGACAGUCACAGUCAGGUACUGGCAAGACCGCUGCGUUUGUACUGAACAUGCUACAGCGUGUCGACCUCUCCUCACAGAAGCCGCAAGCCAUCGUGCUUGCUCCAACUCGCGAACUCGCAAAGCAGAUCGCCGGUGUUGCACUGCAGAUGGGCUCCAUGCUUGAGGUCCAAGGCCUGAAGAUCGCCGAGGCUGUUCCCAACCCAUCGCAGAGAGGCCAGCAAGUUGAAGGUCAGAUUGUUGUUGGCACCCCGGGUACCGUCAUGGACAUGCUGAGACGGCGUCUCAUCGAUCCUCGCAACGUCAACAUCCUCACACUGGACGAGGCAGACAACAUGUUGGACAUGCAAGGCAUGGGCGACCAGUGCAAGCGGAUCAAGACGCAGCUGCCGAAAUCCAUUCAAAUCGUUCUCUUUUCUGCCACCUUCUCUAAGCUAGUCCAAGGCUUUGCCGUCGAGUUCGCACCGAACGCCAACAUGCUCUUCCUGGAGGUCGAGAAGCUCACCGUCAAGGGCAUCAAGCAAAUGUAUCUCGACUGUCAGAAUGACGAAGAGAAGUACUCGUCGCUCGUCAAAUUCUACGGCCUCAUGACAAUCGCCUCGUCGAUCAUCUUCGUCAAGCGCCGCGACACUGCAGCAGAGAUUGAACGCCGCAUGACUACCGAGGGACACAAGGUGGUGUCACUCACUGGCGCACUGGAAGGCGAGGACAGGGAUAAGGUCUUUGCUCGCUUCCGUUCCGGCGAAGCUAAAGUGCUCAUCACCACAAACGUUCUGGCGCGCGGUAUCGAUGUGCAGACGGUGACCAUGGUCAUCAACUACGACAUUCCAGAGACUGUCGACCACCAGCCGGAUUUCGAGACUUAUCUCCACCGUAUCGGCCGGACUGGGCGUUUCGGUCGCACUGGCGCUGCCCUCAGCUUCGUGCAUGAUCGUAGAAGCUGGGAAGGCCUCAUGGCCAUCUGCAAGCACUUCGGCGUGGAGCCCACGAAGCUGGACACCAGUAAUUGGGAUGAUGUUGAGAAGACGCUCAAGGCAAUCAUGAAGAACAGUCGCAACGCUGUCGAUAUGGACUAG